GCGGACUGGAGACAUGACCAAUCGUCUCUGCCUCCAGGCUGGCCCACAGCAGGCAACAUAGACAUCAGAGGGUUUGGUCUGCGAUACAGAGAGGACCAGGAACUGGCAGUACGCAACAUCACCGUAGCCAUCCACGGAGGAGAGAAGGUGGGUAUAGUAGGUCGUACAGGAGCAGGGAAGUCCUCUCUGACUCUAGGAUUGUUCCGCAUCAUCGAGGCGUGUGAGGGAGAGAUUCAUAUCGAUGGAGUUAACAUCGCCACGCUGGGUCUCCAUGAACUCCGCUCCAGGAUCACCAUCAUACCACAGGACCCAGUGUUGUUCUCUGGGUCUCUGAGGAUGAAUCUGGACCCCUUCGAUGGCUACUCUGAUGAGGAGGUGUGGAGAGCCCUGGAGCUCUCCCAUCUCAAGAGCUUUGUGUCGGGCCUGCCGGACAAACUCAACCACGAGUGUUCAGAGGGAGGAGAGAACCUCAGUCUGGGUCAGCGCCAGCUGGUGUGUCUGGCCCGAGCCCUCCUGAGGAAGACGAAGAUCUUAGUUCUGGAUGAGGCCACAGCUGCUGUGGACCUGGAGACAGACAACCUGAUCCAGUCCACCAUCAGAACCCAGUUUGAUGACUGCACUGUCCUGACCAUCGCACACAGACUCAAUACUAUCAUGGACUACACCAGAGUGCUGGUCCUGGAUAAAGGGGAGAUGGCAGAGUUUGACUCUCCCGCCACUCUCAUCACCAAGAGAGGAAUCUUCUACAAGAUGGCUAAAGACUCUGGACUGGUCUGAGUGGGCGAACGGGAGAGGACAGGUUGCCUAAAGACAACAUCCCUCCUUACAGAGAACUCCUCCUCCAACCCCCUCUUCCUCUCCUCCGACCGGGAGGCUGUGCAGGGAAGAAGUAGCAGAGAGAGAGAGGAGAUUUCUAAGGAUUUCUAUGUUUCUGAUAGAGUG